ACACCGGCGGACUUCACCAACGCCCUCUACCAACCGAAAGUUGCCCUGCAGGUGCAGUCAGACCUUACAACAGAAACCUUUCGCUCUCCUCCGACGACACCAUGGCUAGCACUGCACCUCCUGCUUAUCCCCCGAGGUCGACACCCUCUACAGGCCAGCCUAACUUUGGGGUCAUGGGACCCGGUUAUAACUCAGAAGGUUACAAUGUCCCCAAAAGAAAUGAUGUAGUGACUACUACACCCCAGCAAAUGGAAAUGCAAGCGACUCAGCCAGGGGCCUGUGGUCCUACAGUGGUGGUGACUGUAACCGAACCUCCCACUCACUGUGGUCUGGUGGUGUCUGUGCUGAGCUCCAUCUUCUGUUGUAUCAUUUGCGGCUUCACGGGAAUGAUCUUUUCGUGGAAGGCUCGCAUGUACGUCCUCAACAACAAACUCGAGCACGCGCGCCACUCACUCGUCAUCGUCUGGAUCCUCCUUGGCUUUGCCAUCUUCUUUGGUAUCAUCACCUGGAUACUGGUCGUCAUCUAUGGUAUCUUCGGAACCAGAACUUUAUUUGCCACCCGUCACUGCAACAGUAAUGGUUGCUAUUACAGUGACUGAUUAUGUCUUCAUCAUGAAGUGGCAUACAGACCGUUAUGAAAUAGGUACAGGAGGUGGACUACUAUACUUCUGCUGAGCCCCCCGAGCAAGACAGCUGAGACCUCUUUUAUCAGCUUUUAUAACAUCUUUUUUCCAAAUUUUUUUUUAUUUUCUAAAUACAAUAGUAGAAAUUCAGGCCACUUGACAUAACCUUUGUUUUAUUCAAGAAGUUACUUUAAUUUUUAUUUAAUUUGGGAGCGAACGUCUGGUAAGAUAUACACAUUUAACGAUCUUUUGCGGGGUGUGUAGCAAUAUAUCACCAAUGUUGUAAACUGAAUGACCGUUAGAAUUUACCAACUCUAAAGAUAGAAGAUGACAUAAGCAACUAUUAAUUUACACUGAAAGUGCCAGAAUUUCCAACAGACAAAUUUUUUUUCACUGAUCAUAUCGUCAGUAUGUUUAACAAUUUGAGUAGAUUAUUUCUUAAUAAAUUUCUUUCCAAAAGGA